AUGGCAUUUGAAAGAGUCCGGAAGCUCAGAAAGCGUGUAAGCGAGAUUUCUGUUCUAAAGCGUGGCGCCCGCGCGGCCGUGCAGAAAAAGCCUGCGAGGGAUGGAUACAGCCGCCAGUCUCUGAAUUAUUCCGUGGCUAACCUUAUAGAGCAGGCGGGCUCUGACUACGCAAAGGGGGAGACUGACAUGGCUAUCUACAGGCUGACGCGUGUACUAUCAGAAAUCGAGAAAGAAGCUGCAGAAAGCAGUGGGCCCUCUCUCAUCCCACUGGGGGUGAGCGAGAUACAGGAGCGCCCAUUCCGGCACCUUCUUCUUCGGAACGAAGAGGACUUCGUGGGUUACUCGGGGCCUUGGUACGAACAUCCUUGCAAGCAGCCUUGCGAGGAACCCGUUCCCAUGACGGACGCGGAUUACUCACAAGGAACUAUCGCGUCCUGUGAUGUUGGCGUGCAAGACGAUUUGAACUACACAAUUCGCGACGCGGAUUCCCAGGUGUUCGAAUUCUCAGACAUGGUUGAAAGGUCCUUUAAUUUGCUCACCAUCAGUGGAGGAAUUCUCGAGGACGAAGCGACGCGUCUAGAUGAAGAUGCCCCUAAUUCCACUAGCGCCGACCCUGAGGCACCUUGGAAAGAGGACGGUUACCACCACGGACUCUAG